GAGGUCUGUCAGUGCGCGAGCGCGCGUGAGGGAGGGAGGCGGAGCUCGCGCCGCGGAGCCUCCAUGAGCAGGCGCUGCCCACCUGCCUAUUCCGUCCUGAGGGGACUCGUAGGCUCCGCGUUCCUCUGCCUCGCGCGGACUAUGAGCCUGCGAGGAGCUCCGGCCAGCUGCUUGUCGGGGCCCUCGGGCGGCGGGAGCGCCGGAGGAAGCGGCGGCGGCCGUAGUAGUAGUAGUACUAGUAGUAUCGGCGGCGGCGGAGCCUCCUCCUCAUCGUCUCCUCGGCUGAACCUGCCGUGGCUGCGGCUGCCUCAAGUGCCGGGCGCCGAGCCCUUCCGAGCCAACGACGUGCUGUUGCUGCUGCCGCCCGCCGGCGGCCCUUUGCCGGAGCCGCCUCAGCAUCAUGUCGUCUAUUUUCCCGGGGACGUGCAGAACUAUCAUGAAAUUAUGGUUUGCCAUCCAGAAAAUUUCCAGUGGGAACAAUGGUGCUUAGAAAACGUUGCUUCUAUUCUGGGUCGCCGUUUCCCUCAGAGUUACAUUUGGGUUAUAAAAUGUUCCCGUAUGCAUUUGCACAAAUUCAGCUGCUAUGACAAUUUUGUGGCAAGCAAUAUGUUUGGUGCACCUGAACACAGCACUGAUUUUGGAGCCUUCAAGCAUCUUCAUGCAUUACUAGUUAAUGCGUUUAAACUUGCUCAAAAUGUUCUUCUGUCUCAGAAAAGCUUGUAUAAUUUCACCAAGGAUGAAAAGGCCAUUGCUUGUCAAUCACCUACUGUUGCUACUACUAACGGAUGCUCAGCAACAGAAAGGGGAAGAGAUUGUGAAUAUUUCAACGGCUCUACCAUGAACCUCUUUGAGCCUUCUGUGAUUGGUGAAGCGUCAUUCACUUUAAUAGGGUUCAGUAAAGGUUGUGUUGUCUUGAAUCAAUUACUUCAUGAACUAAAGGAAGCUAAAAAGGGAAAGGACACAAAUGCCUUCAUAAAAAACAUAAGAGCAAUUUACUGGCUCGAUGGUGGCCAUUCUGGAGGAAGCAAUACUUGGGUGACCUACCCUGAUGUGCUGAAAGAUUUUUCAGAGACUGGGAUUUCAGUUAAUGCACAUGUUACACCAUACCAGGUAUUUGAUACAAUGAGGGCAUGGAUUGGAAAAGAGCAUAAGAGAUUUGUGCAAAUUCUGGAGGAGCUUGGUGUAAAUGUAAAUAGCCAGCUUCAUUUUGCUGAUGAAGCACCUUCCUUAGACAACCACUUCAGAGUUCAUGAAGUAUUCUGACACAGUGAAUAUAUCAAAAUACUCUUGUUAACUGCAAGAUACAUUUUAAACUUUGACUUGACAGUUUGAGAAUGUGCUUUCUCCUAAGUCCUGGAAAGGCUUAAUGCUGUGUGCAUUAUUUACUUUUUAAGACCUUCAGUGAAGCCAAUCUUGUCUUGCUUUUGCAAUUGAGGAGCAACAACAUAUUCCUGGCUUAAAGAAAUUAUUUUGUUCUGGUUGAAAUGAUAAGAUUCCUGAGGAAAACCACACCAGUUCAUCUGACUAAUUUUCUGAACAUCAGUUGGAACUAAUGUUUGCUUUACAAGUGUGGAUUUUUGUGAGCAGAAUAUUCAAAUCCGGGCUCAAUAAUUUGCAUCAUAAAAUGUUUUGGAUGGCAUACAUAUAUGGGUGUUGAGUAUUUUUGAAUGAUUAGUCACUUUUAUUCUUUAGUUAUAAUUAUAGAACUAAAGAACUAUGAGAUAACUUGGAUUAUGCUGCUAACAUUGAUAUUUAGCCCCUUGGCAUAGCCAUAGCACAAGCAAUGCAGUAAAUUGGUAAUGUUGACAUGGACUGUGUCAACAUUACCAACUUGCUGCAUUGCUUGUGGUAUGGCUAUGUCAAGGGGCUAAAUAUUCAUUUCAACUAAGUAUUCAUUACAACUUAGUAUAAAUGACACUUUCAUGGGAAAUAAGGUGCAUAAUGACUAUACUGUUGCCUCAGAGGUGCUGUGCAACUUCUAACCAUUGCUGAACAUCUACUAGUGAAUAACCUUUUUUAAGACUUAAGAGUAUUAAACAUCUAUUUUUAUUAAGUGACCAAGAAUGUAUGAUCUUGCUGCUGUUUCAACAUUCCCUAUUAAUACGAAAGCUUGAUUUAACUUAAUGCAUUUUUGAACUUUUAUAUUGUGAGACUGUUAGGCAAUUGUGGCAAAUGUGUUUUGCUAAAAAUCAAACCACAGGUUCUUGCAGGUUAAUGUUACAGGUUAUCGUACAUCUUAGAAUAAUAUCAGUUGCACCAGUCUUUGGAAAAAUUCAGAUUAUACUAGGAAUUUUUCCAAAGACUGGUGCAACUAAUAUUAUUCUAAGAUUUGCCAUAGUCUAAGGAUGCGGCAGUCACUUUAACGAUAACUCUCCGUAAAUUCUUAACCAUGUGGAUGUUAAGGUGGUAUAAAAUGUAAGGUAAGAUAAAGUACCCUUUCACCUUAGGUUACCACAGCAACCAAGAUUACCACAGCACACACCACCUUUUCCUUUUCCUUAGGUGGUGUGUGCUGUGAUAAUCUUGGUUGCUGUGGUAAUCUAUAUAAAUAAAUAAAAAUGUAAAGAUGACCUUGUCCAAAACCGAUAAUCUCCGAAAGUGCUUGUCCGAGUGCUUUAAAAAUUUGACACAACGUUGCCACACCGUAUACGAAUGUUUUUAUAUACCUAGAUUAUAUAGAUGUCUCACCUGUGACAGGUAAAAACAUGCUUUUUUAGAAAAAACGUCGCCAUCUGCUGGAUGUCAAAGCAGCACAGCUGAGGAUGUAGCCAUUAGACUAGCUGUUCCCGGCCACGCGUUGCUGUGACUCAGAAAGAGAAAGCGGUCAUUAAAAAAAAAACCCACGCGUGUUCUGUUAAAUCGCCCCGACCCGACCCAUUCAUCCUCCCCAAAGGCACGGCACUCCUCCACUCAGCGCCCCUGUUCCUCACCCCAGAUGUCACGACACCUCUCUCUGGUCCCCCGGCUGUGUGACGUCAUCUUCCUCCCGCGUGAUGGCACCCGUCACCCCGACCCCUCUCUUCCACCCGCACACCCCAUGUGCAUCUUGGGAAGGGCCUGGCCUGUUCCCCUUGCUGGGCAAUGCCAUGUUAUUGUGAUGUCACAGAUAGUCUGAACAUAAAGGAGUCCCUUACCUUACCUUUUAUACCACCUUAACAUCCACAUGGUUAAGAAUUUAUGGAGAGCUAUCGUUAAAGUGACUGCAGCAUCCAUAGACUAUGUCUUACAAGUUCCUCUGUUACCAAAUGGCAACCAUACAGAUAAUGAGGUUUUGUGUGUGUGUGUGUGUGUGUGUGUGUAGCCAGGAUACCAGUUUGCAUUACUGAAUGUUAGGAGCAGUUUUGCAGUUAGCACAUUCCAAUCAUAUGUUUCUGCAGCACUUUUGAUUUACAUAUGAGAAUUAAGCAAAGUUUUUGCACUUCCAUUUUUGGAGCUCACUUUACAAAAUAAUCGAAAGCCAUUCCUGUUGGGGUGGCUUAACCAUCUGUGUUGUGACCAAAAUAUGCAAAUUUUUGCAGUGACAGUUCUAGUAUCAGUUUGAAAGCUAAUGUUGACCAGAAUAGUGGAAUAAGACUUAACUUCCCUAGUAUGAACGUUACCGUAAGUUGGUUUUCUGUGCCAAUAAUUUUUUUCCAAUGUGACAUACAGGAAAAUGUUGGCCUUUGAAAGCUGCUUUUAUGAAUAAGCAAUUCGUUUUUCCUACAUUAAGUGUUGAUAUAUUUUGAAACUGUUCUUUUACCAGUUUAGCAAAUAUCAACACCGUUUAUUGUGGAACUGUAAUGUUUUAUCUACAGUUAAUGAUAUUCUCAGUAUUCUCAUAUUUUGCAAUGAAAAGACGCACAAUCCUAAUCUGAGGAACCAAGCACUGUAACUAGUUUAUUAAUACUGGGGUGAUUAAUACCCAAGUAUUAAUAAACUACUUACAGUGCUUGGUUUCCUCAGAUUAGGAUUGCGUCUUUUCAUUGCAAAAUAUGAGAAUGAGAAUAUCAUUAACUGUAGAUAAAACAUUGCAGUUCCACAAUAAACGGUGUAGAUAUUUGCUAAAGUGGCAAGAGUACUUUGUAUAAUGCCCACUAAUGUGGAAUUCAAGUUUCAAACACUUAAUAUGAACAUCUUGUAACCUUGAGUCACCAUUCUUAAUUAAAACUAAAAAUAAUUUGAAGAGUGAAAAAGUGUUUGCCAGUUGUUCCAGUCAGUACUUGAGCUGUUCUGACUGUUGGAUAUCUAUUUUACAGUGUUUUUAAAACGGCUGCCAUGUCGCAAUGAGACCCUUCAGAGUUGUCAUACAAACUAACGAUGAAUAAAUGCAUCCUUAGAUUUCUGUAACCAAGAUGAAAGAUUUCUAGUGUUUAAGGAAGAAUAUAUUAAGUCAUGUUCUGACCUUGAAGCAUCAUCCCCCUGGGCAAAAAGUAAAUGAGUAGAAUCCAGUGCUGCUGCUCUACUUAAUGGGAUGUCUUUUAAUCCAGUGGAGGUGUCGAUUAAUGUAAAAGGAGGUGAAUUUCUCCGUUUUCCCUCUUACAUCCCACUGUGUCCCUCAAUCAGUUCCAGAGUGUUGGGGGAUCCCCCAGAACAUCAUGGAACGCAAUGUGGGGGAUUAGAGGGAAGAGGGAGAAAAUUGCCUCUCCAUGUCUUAACACUAGCAGAUGCCUCUCCUGUGUCAGAAGCUGUUACAUAAUCAUAGUGGAAGCAUUGGAUUUCAUUCAGUGACUAUAAUGCUUGCCUGUUUUACAGUCAUUAAGAGUAUUGUUACCCAUUCAUGUGAUAGAAUGCUGUUUUCUCUAAAUUGCUGCUGUUGACAAAAGGAGCUCACUGAAUAAUUUCUCCAGUGUUCCAAGAGGUUCCCCCCACCUCCUGCACAGACUGUUGUUUCUCUAAUAGUAGUCCUUUCAUUAGUGUUCCAUGCUUCAUCAGAUAAAUCCACAGCUCUUGACUAGUUGCCCUCUUUUAAGUACUCCCAUUUGAUGGCAGUAGGUUGCGCAAAUAGCAGCAGAAAAAGAAUGCACUGGGAGUCUCUUUAAAGCAAGCUGCUUGUUUUAAACUAGACAGUCCCCUUUUUAUUUUAUUUUCUAAUAAAUAUUUAUUAAGAAAAAAAUGGUUAAACAAUACAAAUUGCCAAUAAUCAAUUGUAGUUUUUCCCCUUCCCCCCUCCCCUCCCUCCCUCCCCCACCCUCUCAGGACUUCCCUCAGCUCCCCUCCCUGAUUUGUUUAUACAUAUUAUUUUCUGCAUGUUAAUAAAUUGUACGUAUCAUUACGUUGUCAAUCAAAUGUUCUACUAAUAAAUUGUGGGUGUUUAUUCAAAACCUGCCAAGGA